AUGACUCAGGUGCCUGCUGACCACCUGUCAACCACCAGCUCCUACAACUAUGAGCCGCCCCUCCCCUCCGUGGCUCGGGCCAGCACCCUCACCAAGGUCCCUCCAGCCAAAAAAAUAACCUUCUUCAAGAGUGGAGACCCCCAGUUUGCAGGAGUCAAGAUGGCCAUCAACCAGCGCAGCUUCAAGAGCUUCAACGCGCUCAUGGACGACCUCUCCCACCGGGUCCCGCUGCCCUUCGGGGUCAGGACCAUCACCACCCCACGAGGAAUACACUGCAUCAGCGAGCUGGACCAGCUGGAGGAUGGAGGCUGCUACCUGUGCUCCGACAAGAAGUUUGUGAAGCCCAUCAGCAUCACCUCUAGCGGGCACCGGCCGGCGCCACCGCGCAACAGCCGCCCCUCCAGCACCAUGAGGAGAGCGGCGCAGGAGGGCAAGCUGGAAGAUUAUUCCACACCUUUCACUCACCACGGCCCCAGAAUACCCAAGAAAAUCACUCUGGUUAAGAAUGGGGAAAGUGGAUUUCGGCGCUCCAUCAUCCUGAACCGCAGAAACGCCCGGAGUUUCAAAACGCUCCUGGACGAGAUCACGGAGAUCCUGCAGUUCCCGGUGAAGAAGCUCUACACUGUGGAUGGGAAGAAGAUCGACAGCAUGCAGGCCCUGCUCCACUGCCCCAACGUGCUGGUGUGCGUGGGCCGGGAGCCCUUCAAACCUGUAUCCACGGAGAAUCUGAGGAAACACUCGGUGGAGAAGCUGCCCAACCUGCCUCCCCGCUCCAACAAUGGCAACAAUGUCAACGAGAACAAUGAAAUGAACUUUGGACUGAAAGCCAAAAAAAGCGUUAUCCAUCCACGGUCAGCAUCCAGCAACAGGUCGAUGAGAUUUUCCUUGUCAUCAGAAAAGUCAUACCCCAAUGGCCUCGCAGCCUCUCCAGACAACGGGGCACCCUUCUCCAAUAGCUGCUCUCACCCAAAAGCUGGGGACCUGGUCCAGUCCUUGGUCAACGAUGACAUCGAGAAGCGGGUCCAUGUGAACAAGGACGGGAGUUUGUCCGUGGAGAUGAAGGUUCGCUUCCGUUUGCUCAACGAUGAGACUCUGCAGUGGUCCACCCAGAUCAAAAAGUCCAACCUGAUGAACCAGCUGCCUUGUGGAGAGUCAGGAGUGGAGGACAGCGAAGUAGAUCCCCUACAGAAAAUGAACCCAGAAGCCAGCUCUGAGGCAGAUGAUUCCUUAUAUCCCUGUGAUAUCGAUUCCUACAUGUCCAAACUUGAGGAAUCAGAAUGUGACGAGGCCCACUGUCACAGCUGUGGAAAGAAACACCAGGACUAUGACAUUUGGAAGAACCCCAUGCACAUGUCCCAGAGGGAAGAGCCCAGCGUGCGAAGCACCUGGCACACGCGGUCGUCGUGUUCCAGCACAUCUUCCCGGAGGAGAGUAGUCCACAAAAAAAUGACAUCCGUGGAUAGCAUCCACACCACAUCCAGUGAGGAAUUCUCUGAGCACAUUGUGCGAGAGUCCUCGUCCUACUCAGAGACUAUAAAGAACAGGGUGGGGUAUCGAUCCGUUAAAAAGUGUAUGUGCCGAAGUGAUUUAUCUACUGGUGCUUCCAACGGAGAAGAACAGCAGGAAAACACUCGGACAAGCACAGGAAACAGCCAGAGGCCUUCAUCCUUGGGCUUGAUGUCACAUUCAAGCUGUGAAAACAACCUGGAUACUCAAGACAGCCCUGAAGACCAGGAGAUCACCAAAAUCAUUUCACAAAAUGAGGAUGCAAAUUGUUUCGAAGCUUCCUCUGUGAAGUGCUUGAAGGAUGACCCAGAAGAGGUUGAAAGCAGCAGAGUUGGGAGCGUCAUGUCCAGGUCAUCCCUGCAGUCCAGGCAGAGCAAGAAGAACGUGUGUGAGGAAACCAGCAGCGUGGGCAGGAGCAUGUCUUCCUCAAGCCUUCAGAAGGCAAAUCAGGGAGACAACAGCCAGUGCUCCACCCCUGCCAACAGCGUGCACAGCAAGUCCAGUAACUGCACCACGCCAAAAGAAAAGACUGAGCAGGGUGACCUCUCUGAUGACAACCCAGUGGUGUCCUCUUUCUCCAGCGAGUCCUGCCCCAAGAAAGAGGCUGAAGCAGAGCAGGAAGAAAGUGAAGUCAAUGAAACAAAAUCAAAAAAUCUUCGUGUGAAGGUGUCGAACUCCAGCCGGGCAUCAGUGUCAGAGACUAUGUCAGUGUGCAGUCUGCAGUGCCCUGUCCCACCAAAAGGGAAGCCAAAGAGGAAAAAUAUCCGUUCAACCAUGUUGAAGAAUUCCUCCAUCAGCAGCAUUGGCACCGAGUCUGUGCUGACCGCAGGAAAAGAGCAGAAAGAAAUUCUGGAUUCCUCCAAAGCAACUUCCUAUGGCUCUAAAUCCACUGCAACCAAAGAAAAUCAGAAUAAUAAAGAGACUGAUGAUUCUUGCAACAAAAAACCAGAGGAAGAGGUAGAAGACACAGGCAUUCAGGAGGAAGGAGGUGAUUUAAUGCCAUCAGCUCUACCAAAUGCAUCUCCAGAAGAAGUUGUGCAAGAAUGGCUCAGGAAAAUCCCUUCGGAAACAUUGCUUAUGAAAUAUGAAAUGGAGGAUGACGGAGAAGAGGAACACGCAGAGUCGACCACCGAGGUAUCACACUGUACAAAUGUCGAGGAAGCCCCAGAGGAGGAAAAAGCUGAGGAAAAGAACGAGGAGGAGGCUGAAAAGGAUGAAGCAAAGGAUGAAGCAAAGGAUGAAGUGGAAGAAGAGAAAGCAGAAGACACGCCUAUUAUUGAAGAGGUUGAAGAAUGUGGGAACCAGGAAGAAAUCUCUGAGGUUGCACCUGAAGCUGCCAAAGCUGAGCAGGCAGAAUGCAACCAGUCAGUUACAUCCAGCCAAAAUAACAAGAGAGACCUGCCAACCUCUGUCCAGACAUCUGUCCAGAUCAUGAAGGCCUUGCUCAGUUCAAAGCACGAGACCAAAUUUGACCGAUCAAACAGUUUGCCUGAAGUGUCCCCCACAAUGGGGAGAAAACUGAGUAAUUCCACCAACAUUCUGAUUACUUGUCUUGCCAGCCUCCAACUCCUUGAUGAAGAGUCAGAGGAUCCAUCAGAUAAAUCAAAACAUUUGAAUAAGUCAAGGUACACGGAGCUGCUAAAUAUUUUUCAAGCUCUAUGGUUUGGGUGCACCCCGGAAAGGGACGGCCCAAGUUCAGGCCAAGAGGCAAGCGAGCUGGCAAAGCCAGUGUCUGGGUCUAAAGUCCCAAAAUCCAUGGGUCACGCCUUCACUCCCAUGUCCUCCUCUGGGGUUGAUGUUUGCAGUGGCUCUGGUGGCUCAGAAGAGUGCACAGCUGGUGCCACGUUGGUGGCACAGAAGACCUUGGAAUGCAAACCAGCCGAGGAAAUGGAAAACACAGAGACUGGCACGGAAGUGACUGAGGUUGAGGAGCAAAGUAAAGCGGAAGAGCAGCCAUCCCGCCCUUCCACAGCCUGCUCAGAGGCAAAAGGUGAGGAAAAAGCAGAGUCUGCUAAAGAGGAGGAAGAAGAGAAUAAGGAGGCUCAAGGCAGUAUCUGUGAGGAUGGUCAGGAGGAAGGGGGAGAAAAUGAAAAGGAAGAAGAAAACAAAUUAGCUGAAGCUGCAGAACAGGAAGAAGCUGAGACUGUGAAUGAUGAAGUCCCACAAGAACACCCUGAAGAAGAAGCUGAUCAUCCAGAGACAACUGGAGAUGCCAAUGUUGGUGAUGCUGAUGUCGGGACGGAGCUGAAAGAGGAGUUGCAAGAGCAGCCCCAAGAAGAGUCACCAAAUGACCCCAAAGUCGAUACAUCCACCAGUGUGGGCACAUCCCUUGUCCAGCAACACUCCAUGGAUCCAGACCCAACCUGGGUCCUGAGACUACUCAAGAAAAUCGAGAAGGAGUUCAUGGCUCACUAUGUCAAUGCCAUGAACGAGUUUAAAGUCAGGUGGAACCUGCAGGACAACCAGCAGAUGGAUGCAAUGAUACUGGAGCUGAAGGAGGAAGUGAGUAAAAGGAUACAGAAGAGCAUAGAGAAGGAGUUGAGGAAGAUCAAAAGCAGGGCUGGGAAGAGGAUGCCGAGACCUCCAGAGGAGCCACCCACACGCGAGUCCAAACUCCAAACUGAGCAGAGGAGGUGGCGACUGCAAACGAUGCAUAAAAAGUCUCUCUUUGGGGACAAGAAUGGCAACCAGGUGAAGCUGGAGGAGACGACAGACUUGUCAUUCGAUGUAGAUAAUGACUUUGAUCUUAGUGCAGCUUUGGAGGACAGCAUUAGCAAACAAUCCAGUGAGGAGGAAUAUUGCCCAUGUGACACCUGUGUGAGGAAAAAACUGGCUUCCAGGCCAGCCAGGGCUCCUGUGGUGGCCACCAAUGCCCCAGUCAUGAAAGACUUUGAUUUGCAGAAAAUCCUGAGGCUGAAAAAAGAUGACAAUGAAGAAGCCAUUGUUGCAGAAGCAGCCCAGGACACCAAAAUGCUUCCCAACGGUUCUGUGGAGGAAGGGGCAGAAAAUGAGGAGAAGGAUGAGGGGCAGCCUCAGACAGGUGAAACAGAAGCAGAGGAUGAUGAAGGAAAAGAGUCUGAAUUAAAUGAAGAUGAUGGCACAACGUUGACGGGAGAUGGAGAAGAACCUGAACUAACAGAGAAUCAAAACUCUGAGUUGGAGGAUGAGGCCAAAACUGAAGAAACGAAAGGAGUGAAGGAGGAGGAAGAAACAAAGGAGGAGGAUGGGAAGGAAGAAGAGGAAGAAGCAAAGGAAGAAGAAGAAGGGGCAGAGGAAGAGGAAGGGAAGGAAGAAGCAGAAGAGGAGGAGGAAGAAGAAGUGAAAGAGGAGGAGGAGGAGGAGGAGGAAGAAGCAAAAGAGGAGGAGGAGGAAGCAAAAGAGGAGGAGGAGGAAGCAAAAGAGGAGGAGGAGGAGGAAGAAGUGAAGGGGGAGGAGGAGGAGGAAGAAGCAAAAGAAGGGGAGGAAGAAGUAGAAGAGGAGGAAGAAGAAGCCAAAGAGGAGGAGGAAGAAGCCAAAGAGGAAGAGGAAGAAGGUAAAGAAGAGGAGGAGGAAGGGAAGGAGGAAGAGGAAGAAGCCAAAGAGGAGGAGGAGGAAGAAGCCAAAGAGGAGGAAGAGGAAGAAGCCAAAGAGGAGGAGGAAGAAGCCAAAGAGGAGGAAGAAACAAAAGAGGAAGAGGAGGAAGAAACAAAGGAGGAGGAAGAAGUGAAAGAGGAAGAGGAAGAAGAGAAGGAGGAAGAGGAAGAAGCCAAAGAGGAGGAAGAGGAAGGGGAGGAGGAAGAAGCCAAAGAGGAGGAGGAAGAAGCCAAAGAGGAGGAGGAAGAGGAGGAAGAAGCCAAAGAAGAGGAGGAAGGGAAGGAGGAAGAAGAGGAAGCCAAAGAGGAGGAGGAAGAGGAAGAAGCCAAAGAGGAGGAGGAAGAAGAAGAGAAAGAGGAGGAAGAAGCCAAAGAGGAGGAGGAAGGGAAGGAGGAAGAGGAAGAAGCAAAAGAGGAGGAGGAAGAAGAAGAGAAAGAGGAAGAGGAGGAAGAAGCCAAAGAGGAGGAAGAAGGGAAGGAGGAAGAGGAAGAAGUAAAAGAAGAUGAGGAGGAAGGGGAGGAGGAAGAAGCAAAAGAAGAGGAAGAUGUGAAAGGGGAAGAGGAAGAACAAGAAGAUCAAAAUGAAGAGCAAGAAGACGAAGAAGAGUCCAAAGGUGAAGAUGAAGGUGAAAAUGAAGCUGUAGAAACAGAGGAGCCAGAGGAUGAGGAAGUUUUGGCUGAUGAUGAGGCAGAGACAUCAGAAUGCAGAGGAGAUGCUGAGGGGUCUGGAACUGAGAACAAUCCUGAAGAAGAUGCUGCUGAAGGAAAUGAAGAAGCUGAGCAAAAUGAAGCUGAGGCAGAAGAUGCAAAACCAGAGUCAGGAGAUGAGGCUGAGGAGAAAAACAGUGAAGGCAGUGAGAAACCUGAUGAGAAUGGUGAGGAACCCACCGGUGAUGACCCUGACAAGGCACAUGAAAAACAUGAAGACCAAGGCAACAACAAAGUGUCUGAGAAAGCCUCAAAGACCAAAGGCAAGAGAAUCAGCAAAAGGUUAGAGUCUCUGAAAAAAUCCACAGCCUUUUCUUGUUACUCUUCUGUUGGAAACUUCUCACAGCAAUCCCAGAAGGGAUCUGAUGACGAAGAGGAAAGAGCAGAUGAAGAUGAAGGAGUAGUUGAAGAGGAAAAAGCAGAUGAAGGAGUAGUUGAAGAGGAAGGAAUAGUUGAAGAGGAAACAGCAGCUGAAGAGGAAGCAGCAGCUGAAGAGGAAGCAGUGGCAGAAGAGGAAGCAGUAGGUGAGGAGGAAGCAGGAGCUAAAGAGGAAGCAGGAGUUGAAGAGGAGGCAGUAGGUGAGGAGGAAGCGGGAGCUGAAGAGGAAGCAGUAGGUGAGGAGGAAGCAGGAGCUGAAGAGGAAGCAGCAGUUGAAGAGGAAGCAGUGGCUGAAGAGGAAGCAGGAGCUGAAGAGGAAUGCAAAGGUGAUGAUAACCCCACUAGCGACCACCCCAAUGGAGAGGUUCGAAGUGAUGAGAGCUCCAAACCCUCCCAGAUGUAUCCUGACAGUGAGGAAGAAGAGGAGGACAAAGAAUCCUCGAGUUCUGACCCUGUGGGAGAUGAGGAGCAGCCAGCUGGUGAAGGUGCAGAUCCAAAGGAGGCAGAGAACACCGAGGAAGUUCAGGCUUCUAAAAAGAAAGAAAACUCCGAUGAGAUUGACCAGGAUGACCUGGACUUCUAG